AUGAGCGAGAUUGCACCGUUUGCGCUUCCCCAGUGGAUCGACUCCCAAGGGGCUGCAGCGUCUCUACCCUUGGCUGGAAGUGCCACGCCCGGCCUCUCCGUACAAGAUCUCAUCGAUCUGUCCACGGACAAAGAGACAACAACCGCCAAUCUGGCCAGUAUCCAAUCUCUCAAAAUGACACUGGGAUCGUUCAGCGGCGGCGCACAGCUGCGCCACCAAAUCGCCGGCCUAUACAACGAGACCAUCACCGCAGACCACAUCUUCCCAACGCACGGCACAACCGGAGCCAACGCCCUGCUAUUCCAGAGCUUGCUCAAUCCCGGCGACCAUGUCAUCGCCAUGUAUCCCUGCUACACGCAGCUCAUCUCGCUGCCAAAGGCCGUUCCAAACGUGGACGUCUCGUAUUGGAAGCUCGACCUCGACGACCAGGCAAGACCUGAUAUCAACCAACUCAAAGCACUGAUCAGACCAACGACCAAGCUUAUCGUCGUCAACAAUCCCAAUAAUCCCACCGGUACUGUCCUUUCAAAACAAACGCAGAUGGAGAUCGUCUCGAUAGCCCGUUCGCACAACAUCACCGUCCUCGCAGACGAGAUCUUCCUCGCUCUCCACCACGGGGUCUCGGAUUCCAAAGACGCGCCUUUAUCCUUCGUCGACUUGCCGGGCCCUUCGCCUUCAACAGACUCUCCCACGUCUGCUCUUUCUGCCUCUUCGCCCCCCUACGAGAAUAUCAUCAUCACCAGCUCCAUGAGCAAAGCAUGGGGUCUUUCCGGUCUGCGAAUCGGCUGGCUCGCCACCCGCAACCCAACCAUUCUCUCCCGGUGCUUCAACCGCGGCCUGUACACCAUCAUGGCCCUAAGCAACAUCGACGAGCUCAUCGCCGCAGAAGCCCUAAGUGACCGCUGCCGACCCGCGAUCCAAGCGAAACAUCUUGAACUCGCCCGACGCAAUCUCCAAAUGCUCGAUGCGUUCGUGGCGAAGCACAAGGACGUGUGUUCGUGGGCAAGGCCCGUAGCGGGAGGAACGGGCUUCCUGAGGUUCAGAGAUGGGAAAACCGGGGAGCCUGUGGAUGAUGUGGAGUUUUGCGAGGCGUUGGUCCGACAGAAGGGGGUUUUGUUGGCGCCGGGGACGAAGUGUUUUGGGAUUGUCGGGGACGUUCAUUUGCAGGGGACUGGGAUGGAGGAUGAAGGAGAGAGGUUGGAGAUGUUGCGUGGGUUUGUGAGGGUUCAUGUUACUGUUGAUCCGGUGGUCAUGGAGAAGGGGCUGGCUGCGAUUGAUGAGUUUGUGCGCGAGCAGGCGCAGUGA